UGCUACAAGUAAGAAAAUGUUGCUAAACUUUGCUAAUAUAAAAUGCUUACGAUUAUAUGAACAAAGUUCCUUUGUUAAGUUUCUGGAAGAUACAUGUGAAUAUCCUGCUGAAUUUAUGUUUUUUAUAACUACAGCUGGAUUUCUGUUACUGUUUUUGUUGAUUACCCUUGUAUACAAAGAGGCUGGGUGGUAUUUGGUUUAUUUAACUUAUGUCAUCAGAGCUCACUUGGCAAAAAUAUCAGGUGAAAGGUCAUACAAAAUGCGCUACAUGUAUGAUGUUUUUGUUUCCUACAGCAGUAAAGACGAAUGUUGGGUUACCAGUGAGCUCCUUCCAAAUCUGGAGCAAAAGGAGCCAUCUUUCCUCAAAGUGUGCCUCCAUGGCAGGGACUUUGAGGUGGGGAAGGACAUUAUAGAUAAUAUUGUGGACAGUAUAUACAGUAGCAGGAAAACAAUCUGUGUGAUCACCCGUCAUUAUCUACGGAGCGAAUGGUGCUCUCUGGAAAUGCGAAUGGCCACUUAUAGACUGUUGGCAGAAAGCCAAGACAGUCUCAUUCUGGUGUUUUUGGAGAGAAUAUUCCCUCAUGAAAUUUCAGCCUAUCACAGGCUAUCAAAGGUGAUCAAGAAGAAGACCCACAUUGACUGGCCAGACAGGGAGAAUGAAAAACAACUAUUCUGGGAAAGGCUGAAGAGGACCAUUCUGAACACAAAAGAUGACAAUCAGGAAAUUCAUAUUUAAUAUAGUUGAAAAAUCUGUAACAUGCUUAUCUCUAAGUGAUUGUCUGCUUGCUUGUUUUGUUUGUUACUUCUUUAUAAAUAUUGUACUUCUAGAAUGUUACUUGUCUAUUUCUGGGGCAGUACCUAUUUUUUUCACCAGGGUAAUAGGGAGUUUAAUAUUUUUACCAAUAGCUGGUAUUCUGCUCCAAUCCACUUAAAUAACUGUGCUGUGCUUUCUACUGUCAUAGUUGGAGUAUGGCUUCUGAGAAGACCUCAGAGUUUUUGUCUAGUUAAGUAUCUUGCUAAAAUGUAUAACGUAUGCAGAUAAAGAAUGACAGAAUGAAAUCUGAAUGUACAAGCUGAAGUUUAUUAAAAACUGAUAGCCAUGAGUAUAGUCAGACAUUCACCAUGUAAGCCACAGUCAGGUGUACAAAUGCAUUUUAGGGAGGUAAGAUUUUACUUAACAUAAAUAGACCAAAUGUUCCAUUUUCAAAUGCAUAAAUGAAAACACAGCACAUGUAA